CCGCAGCUCCACUACAAACAAGAGAGACCAGUUUUACCCGCAAGGCUGAGAAGACUGAGGAAAAUAAUGUUCGUGGCAUUUUUAGCAUGUUCUUGUGGCAUUUUUCCCAUGAUGGAGGACACAAAUGAAGAAAAAUAGGCUUAAAAUUGCAUUUCUGAGGAUUUCCUUAUUUAGAUUGUUGGGAUUCAGGAGCAGAGAACUAGAUCCAGCUUCAAGUGACUGAGCCAGGUGGACUCCAAGUCCCAGAAUGCCCGAGCAGAGUAAUGACUACAGGGUGGUGGUGUUUGGAGCAGGUGGGGUGGGGAAGAGUUCCUUGGUUCUCCGGUUUGUUAAAGGCACCUUCAGAGACACCUACAUCCCCACGGUGGAAGACACUUACACGCAGGUGAUAAGCUGUGAUAAGAGCGUGUGCACGCUGCAGAUCACAGACACAACAGGAAGCCACCAGUUUCCUGCCAUGCAGCGUCUGUCCAUCUCCAAAGGCCACGCCUUUAUCUUGGUGUACUCCAUCACCAGUCGACAGUCAAUAGAGGAGCUCAAACCCAUCUACCAACAGAUUCUGGCCAUCAAAGGCAGUGUAGAGUCCAUUCCCAUCAUGCUGGUUGGCAACAAGAGUGACGAAACAGCCCAGCGUGAGGUGGAGAGCAAGGAAGGCGAAGCUCAGGCCACAGCCUGGAAGUGUGCCUUUAUGGAGACUUCGGCUAAGACAAACUUCAACGUGAAGGAACUGUUCCAGGAGCUACUGGCACUCGAGAAGAAGAGGGACAUGAGCCUGAGCAUUGACGGCAAACGCUGGGGGAAGCAGAAACGAACAGACAAGCUGAAGGGGAAGUGCAGCGUCAUGUAGAAGGAGCUGCACUGGACUGAAGAGGAGGCAGCACUGAUUUAGUGGAGACUUCCACUAAGAAUGAACUUUGGAGCCCAGAUAAACAAACUCAACUAACACCGGAAACGUUUUCACUUCAUGUCCUGAACAUUUUGUGGUCCAAAAAAAUAAAGAAACUAUGUUUAUAACUUCUUCACCUUAAA